CCUUUGAAUUUCACUGUUUAUUUUAAUUUUUGCAAUUUUUUUAAGAAUUGUUUCAUGAGUCUCAAAAUGAAGUUGAAUGGAUUUCUUCUCUCAUUGUUCUUAUUGGGUGUGAUCCUCAUCAAUGUGGAUGCAUCUGCCAAGGGUUCAUGCUCAGCAAACACAAAAUCCCAAUUUGGUUCAAGUUCAUAUGAAUGGAAUGGUGAAUUUUUUCCGGGAAUUCCCAAAAUUAAGUAUGAGGGUCCAAAUAGCAAGAAUCCACUUGCAUAUAAAUGGUAUAAUGCUGAUGAAGAAAUUCUUGGAAAGAAAAUGAAGGAUUGGUUGAGAUUUAGUGUUGCAUUUUGGCACACUUUCCGAGGAACUGGAGCAGAUCCUUUUGGUGCCCCAACAAAAGCUUGGCCAUGGGAAGAUGGCACAAAUUCAAUGGCAAUGGCUAAAAGGAGAAUGAGAGCUCACUUUGAGUUCAUAACCAAACUGGGAGUUGAAAGAUGGUGUUUCCAUGAUAGAGAUAUUGCUCCAGAUGGUAAAACAUUGGCAGAAUCAAAUGCAAACUUAGAUGAAAUAAUCGAGCUCGCUGCUGAACUUCAGAAGGGAACUAAAAUCCUGCCAUUAUGGGGCACUGCUCAGUUGUUCAUGCAUCCAAGAUACAUGCAUGGAGCUGCUACCAGCUCUGAAUUAGGAGCAUACGUAUAUGCUGCGGCUCAAGUCAAGAAAGCCAUGGAGGUCACACACUAUCUAGGAGGAGAAAAUUUCGUCUUUUGGGGUGGGAGAGAAGGUUAUCAGACUCUUCUAAAUACUGAUAUGAAAAGAGAGCUUGAUCACCUGGCGAGAUUUCUUCAAGCAGCUGUUGACUGGAAGAAGAAGAUUGGAUUCAAUGGGACUCUCCUCAUAGAACCUAAACCUCAGGAACCUACCAAGCAUCAAUAUGACUGGGAUGCUGCAACCACAUUAUCUUUCCUACAAAAGUAUGGGCUUUCAGGAGAAUUCAAACUAAAUAUUGAGUGCAAUCAUGCUACUCUGUCUGGUCAUAGCUGUCAUCAUGAGCUUGAAACUGCAAGAAUAAAUGGUUUGCUUGGUAAUAUUGAUGCAAAUACUGGUGAUCCUCAGAUUGGUUGGGAUACAGAUCAGUUCCUUACAGACAUAGGAGAGGCAACUUUGAUCAUGCGAAGUGUAAUCAGGAAUGAAGGACUUGCACCAGGAGGUUUCAACUUCGAUGCUAAGUUGAGAAGAGAGAGUACUGAUGUUACGGAUAUGUUCAUUGCUCACAUUUCGGGAAUGGAUACACUUGCACGAGGACUCCGAAAUGCUGCCAAACUGAUUGAAGAUGGUACUCUGGAUGAGCUCAUUAGAAAGCGCUACGAGAGCUUUGAUUCUGAAAUUGGGUCUCAGAUUGAGAAAGGGAAAGCUGAUUUUGCAACAUUGGAGAAGAAGGCAAUGGAAUGGGGAGAGCCAUCAGUUGCUUCUGGGAAACAGGAACUUGCAGAGAUGAUAUUCCAAUCAGCAUUGUAAAUAAGUAGAGAAGUAUCGAGGCAACAAGGAAGUUCACUGGCUUCCAAAUGCAGGCUAGCUUGAUGAGUGAUCCUAUUUUUACGCAUUAUCAGUAGAAAUUAGUCACUGUGACUCUUGACAGUAGAUUCUCAAAUAACAGUCUCCUCGCGUUUAGUUAGAAUAAAAGGCAUUUGAUCAUGAUAAUUCAGAUUGUUAUCUUCUAUAUCAGAAAGAAAGGGGUUAUUUAAGGCAACUUGUGUGUCAUAGAUUUAGAUAAAUAAAUGGUCCUUUAUAGUUAAGCAUCAAGUACCUAUCUUUUGUGAUUUGAAAGAAAGAAAGUGUCCUUCUACAUGACUUUGCUCCAAAGUCACACAAACUACAGUUGGUCCAAAAACCCACCAAUAAGCAAAAAAUUCUAUAUAAACAUAUCAGGGGAUAAAAACAAGCCUAAGAGGGGAAAAACUAUCCCUUGGUAGCAAGUAUUGUCUUCCAUCUUUAAUUCCCAUAGUAAACACGAAAAAUAAUUUCUUCAUGAUCCACUCAUCCUUACAAAAAGGAGGUUUGUUUGCAAGCCUCAAACUAGCAUUUGGGUGCAUAUCAAAUAAUAAGGGAAUUUAAUGCCAAGGUUACUUUCAUACUGUUUCAAGCCAAACUUUUUUCAACAGACAAUUGAAAGCUUUAAAUGAUGACUUUUUUACUUGGGGGAUACUGAGGGAAAGGGCUUGAUGAAUUUGGCUGAGUUGGUAAAGGUGAAUUUCUAUGCCAU